AUGAAUAUCAUAAGCUGGAAUUGCAGAGGUUUGGGCCAACCUCUUGCAAUUCCUAUUCUUAGUGAACUUGUGCGAGUUCAUCGGCCUCAGUUUCUCUUCCUUUGCGAGACUCUUUCCCUUCGUCAUCGUAUGGAAGAGAUUCGUUCGCGGUUAAAUUUUGAAGGGUGUUUUACUAUUGAUUGUGUUGGGAGGAGCGGCGGUCUUUACAUGAUUUGGAAGACGUCUGCUUCGUGCAUUUACUUGAUCCUUGGAGAUAAGAGAGGCCGAGUUGAUCAUUCUAGUUGGUUGCUUAAUGGUUUUCGUGCUGCUGUUAUUGAUUGUGGGAUCUCUGAUAUCCCAUUUAUUCGAUAUCUCUUCACUUGGUGUCGUGAGAUAGGCACUAAUAACUUUGUUGAGGAGCAUUUGGAUAGAGGUAUGGCUACAGCGAGUUGGAAAUCUCUUUUUCCUGGUGCGAAUCUCACUCCUCUCACUGUCCCGAUGUCCGAUCAUGUACCACUACUUUUGAAGUGUCAGAUUGUGUUCUCAAGCGUCAAUAAUAGGCGGUUUCGGUUUGAAAAUAAAUGGUGCUUGGAGCUGGAACUUCCUAAUGUGGUUCGUGAUUGCUGGACAAAUCUCCAUGGUGUCAAUAUCUUGGAGCGUCACAUGGUUGUUUCUGACUCUAUAUCUACUUGGGCUAGGCAUCUCUAUCAUGACGAGCGACGUAUAAAGGUUAGACUGAAGCAGGAGAUUUCUAUGUUGAUGGGGCGUACUGAUCCCUGUUCUAUUUGUAAGUUUAACCGUUUCAGGCAAGACCUUGCUAAUAUUUUCCUUCGUGAAAAGACUCACUGGAGACAAAGAGCUAAGCAGCAUUGGCUCAAGGAAGGCGAUUGUAAUACUAAGUUCUUUUUUGCUAUGGCGUCGGCGCGCCGAAAGAAAAACACUAUUCAUAAGUUGCAAAAAGAUGAUGGCUGA